UCUCAUAUAUGAACAUUAAAUCUUCGGGAUCGUCUCUAGUCUCCAAAUGUAAUGCAGCAUUGGACGAGAAAAAGCUACUAACGCACGCUCUUUCUCUCUUGCUCUCUCUAUCAAUUUCUAGGGUUUCGAGUUUCUCUAUUCAGUCCUGCACUGUUACCCAAUCCUUUUUCCUCUUCUUCAUCCACAAAUGGCGACAGUCUUCUCUCCGGUGUCUCCGUCUCGCACUACUUGCGGAUCUCUCCUUCAAGAAUUGCAGAAAAUUUGGGAUGAAAUUGGGGAGGCUGAUAAUGAAAGGGACAAGAUGCUUCAGCAACUUGAGGAAGAAUGUCUUGAUAUUUACCGCAGAAAGGUUGAAAUGACUAGAAAGUAUAAAGCUGAUUUGUGUCAAUCGUUGGAUUAUGCGGAAAAUGAAAUUUCUGGCCUUGCUUCUUCUCUUGGGGACAGUGUCUCCUUUUCACGGUGCAAGGGCACACUAAAGCAGCAAAUAUCUGCUGUAAUACCUGUUUUGGAAGACUUGAGGUUGAAGAAGCAGGGAAGAAUGAAAGACUUUUUUGAGACUCAGUUGCAGAUUGCUGGAAUUUGCACAGAAAUAGCUGGCACUGGUCAUUCUAUAAAGCCUACUGAUCCAAAAGUUAAUGAACAGGAUUUGACAUUGAAGAGAUUGGAGGAGCUUAAGGCACGCCUUAAGGAACUUCAAAAUGAAAAGAGUUUAAGGUUACAGAAGGUUAUCAGCAACAUUAGUACGAUCCAUGAUCUGUCAGUUGUGAUGUCAAUAGAUUUCUUUGAGACUGUUAAUGAUGUUCACCCUAGCUUGAUUGAUUCUGCAAAUGGUCAGUCCAAAAGCAUCAGCAAUGACACGCUUGCUAGAUUGACGGGUGUGAUACAUUCACUAAAACAGGACAAGCAACAAAGGCUACAAAAGCUUCAAGUUCUUGGACGUAUGCUGAUAGAGCUGUGGAACCUCAUGGACACACCUAUUGAGGAACAAGGAAAAUGGGACCGCAUUACUACCUUAAGUUCUUGCUCAGUGAAUGAGGUGUCAAGACAAGGGUCCCUUGCUCUUGAAGUUAUUGAGCAGACUGAGGUUGAAGUUGUGAGGUUGAAUGCUCUAAAAGCCGGAAAAUUGAAGGAAUUGGUUUUUAAGAGGCAAAAUGAACUGGAGGAAAUCUACAGAGGAUGUCACAUGGAUGAAGAUAGUGAUGCAGCAAGGCAGAUUCUUAUAGGCCUCAUAGAAUCUGGUAAUGUUGAUCUUUCUGAUCUGCUAUCAAGCAUGGAUGACCAGAUUAGAAAAGCCAAAGAGCAAGCUCUUAGCCGGAAGGAAAUUUUGGACAAGGUAGAGAAAUGGAAAUGUGCAUCUGAAGAAGAAAAAUGGCUUGAUGAAUAUGAAAAGGAUGAAAAUCGAUACAGUGCAGGAAGAGGAGCACACAAAAAUCUGAAACGUGCUGAAAAAGCAAGGAUUCUGGUCUGCAAAAUACCAUCUAUUCUUGAAAAUUUGACUGCAAAAGUGAAAGCAUGGGAAUUGGAGAAAGGAAUCCCUUUCUUAUAUGACAAGGCUUCCCUCUUAAAAACUUUAGAGGAAUAUGCUGUGCUGAGGCAGGAAAGAGAAGAAGAGAAGCGUCGAUCGCGGGUAUGGGAGCAGAAACGUCAGCAAGAACAGUUUGUUGCUGAGCAAGAAGCACGUUAUGGUUCUAGACCAACUGUAAAGAAGCCGUUGGGUCAAAGCGCCAGUGCUAACACCAUGGCCGGAACACCAAUUGGGCUCCGUCUGGCCACUCCAUGUCUUCAUGCAAUCUCUUCCGGCAAGGAACGUAGAGAGAGCAAGGUUCUCAACGUAACACCAAUAAACUACGUUGCUCUUCCCAAGAAUGAUUCAGCUUCUCGAGGGUAAGCUGGUACGUAUACUCGCUUGAUUAGGAGACCUUAUGUAAAUAAUUCUCCAUUUUUAGGAUGCUUUUUGCAAUGUUUCCUUUUCCUUUUGAUAUUCUCCUUUUAAUGUUUGGAUUUUCUGAUAGCAAAUUACAUUGUCUAUAUGGAUUAGCCCAAAAUUAACUUUUUCUCAA